AUGGACGAUUUGGAUAAUCGGUGCGGAAUUAGGUCAAUAUCGUCUCUCACAAACGCGAAUUUGGAGAAGAGCGGAUCAGAAACAACCUUCACCACUUUGUUCAAACCUGAAAUCUUGGAGAACUUAAACUUCCUCGAUAUGUAUUCAUGUGAAGAGAUCGAGUCUUUGAGAAUAUCCCAUGCCAUCCUUACCAGGAAUCUUUGCAGAGCUGCCAGACGGAUUGAAUCCAAACUGUCCAAUAUUCAAUCCCCAGACGAAGAUUUCACUCUUAGUGUACACCAAAGAAUGAAACUUGGAGCAGCUAGCACCGAGGAAACUGUUCUGAGUAUACUUUCUCAAAUCUCCGGUGUUAACAACUCUGGGAGUGGAAACACACGCUUCUGUCUGGUGUGGAGCGAUGUCCACUUGGUAUCCCAACUGGCCGUACGAGUUCAAUCCCCAUGUGUAGACCUUUGCAUCUGCAGUAACACAGAUAGAAUGGUCGUUGCUCACAUCGACAAAGAGAACGCGCUCGUGUUCGAACGCUGGAACACCAGCGAAAGAGUCUUGCGGCUGUCCAUUGCCCGAACCUAG